AUGACUGGCAGGAGUGGCUACGCGAACGGUUACGGGUACUCCGACACCAGUCGCUACGACCGCGGCGAUGGUGGAUACGGCAAUAAUAGCAACCGGGGAGUAAAUGGAUACGAAUCUGGCGGAGCAAGGGACCGAAGGCCCGGAGGUUAUGGUGGAUUCUAUCCGGAAGCGUUGCAGCAACCGUCCUUGUCACCUGCACCAUCGCCGGAGCGUCGCCGCGAGAGGUACGACCGGGAUGACCGUUCCUACUCUUCGUCGCGAUCACGAACACGGGGACCAGAUGCGGAUAGAGAACGAAGAGCUCAACGUGCGGGUGAAAGCAGGGCUCGCGGAGACACCAGCCGAGUGCCGGGUAGCACCAUCAACCAAGGCGCGAAUGUUGGAGGGUCGCAAGCUGUGGAAAAUGUUUUGCAGUCCAUACAACGCGAAUGGGACUUCGUGGCGACCGACGACUGCGUACCGGUGCAAGUCGCCCUGCAAUUGAUGGACACAAGCACACUGGGGAAGGCGGAGCGUGAGCCGGACUUCCUCAAUGUACAUCAGACGAUUCAGCAGACCCUGAAGGCCAUCGUCAACGAGCAUCAUCAAGGCUUCAAUAGUUCCAUCGGCACGUACCACAAAAUCCAGGCGAGCAUUCAAAGCUCCCAAAGCCGAGUGCGCAACUUGAAGCAUGCGCUAGAAGAUGCAAAAGGUGGUCUGAUGUCUACCAAGCCCGAGCUGAAAGAGCUGGCGACAUCUUCCCAGAAAUAUGACGACAUAAUCCAGCUGUUCAGUCAGAUCCAGGAAAUUCAGUCCCUUCCUGAGAAGCUGGAGUCUAGAUUAUCCGACAAACGAUUCUUAGGUGCUGUGGAGGUAUUACAUGACGCACUGCGACUUCUACGGCGUUCGGAGCUAGAAAACAUAGGCGCUCUUGCGGACAUCCGAGCGUAUUUCGAGAACCAGGAGUCUUCCAUCACCGAUAUCUUGGUCGAGGAAUUGCACGAUCAUCUUUACCUGAAAUCUCCUUAUUGUGUUGAUCGAUGGAAGCCGCCGGCUCCAGAAACAGAAAGCAAUGGCGUGAACGGUGCCGGUGCAGGCGCAAGUUCCUGGGAGAGGCCCGUCUACGGGUUUCUCGCGAGGCUCGACGCAUCCAAACCUAUGGUGGAGGAUGCAUCUCGCAAUCCAGAGGCUGACACGUUCUCCUACCUUCAGCUUCUCAUUGAAGCUCUAAACAAAAUGGGUCAUCUGGAUAUCGCGGUCGAUCGCAUUGAACAACGACUUCCGGUGGAGCUCUUCACGGUGGUGGACAAAACGAACGCGGAGAUUGACGCUCGCUACCCGCUACCACGGGGAUUUAUGGCACAAGAUGGGAAGACGGAUUCCCCAACAGAAAUGAUCCAGAAGCGCGGUCAUGUGCUGUCCGAGUUUCUCUGGACACUUUAUGCCAAAUUCGAAGCCAUCGCAGAGGGUCAUCGUGUCGUUCACGAUGUGAUAGCAGCUAUUGUAGAGCGCGAAGGCAUACCCAAGAGCAGCUCUCUAGCUGGUGGCUUCAAAGAGCUCUGGAAACUUUACCAGAGCGAGAUUCGAUCGUUGAUGCAUGAUUACCUGGCAACCGACGGUGAUUCUUCCAUUAGACCAGAUGAGGAAGCGGAUGCACGACGUCAAUUUUACUCAGGCUACAGGGACAAGAACAAGGCGCGUUUACCCCCAUUAGAAAAAUGGUCCGUUUCUCAGAAAUUGUUCAAAUUAUCCGACGCAGGCCGCACGACACAGAUGAAGGCCGAACAAAACGAGUUGGAUGAGAUCCUGAGGUCUUCUGUCCCUGGUCUUAUCUCCAAGUCGGAACAGAAGUCCGAUGAAGACGGUCCCACUGAUUCCAGGCAAGGUACAGGCCACAAGAUUCUUAUUGAACCUAGUGUAUUCAACAUGAGCCUGCUACUACCGCCCUCACUCUCAUUUAUUCAACGACUGAAGGACAUUGUGCCUGUUGAUUCGGACAUGUUUACCGGUUCUCUAACCUCUUUCUUGGAUGACUUCCUCGUCAACGUCUUCCUACCGCAGCUUGACGAGACCGUCACCGAUCUUUGCACUCUCAGCUUUAUUACUCCUGAUGCUUUUACGGAAGAUCCUCAGUGGUCGAUGGUUUCACCAAAACCAGUGUUCAAGGGAACCGUAAAAUUCAUGUCGGUUGUGAGGGAGUUCAGUAGAAUGCUAUCCAGUAUUCCCCAUGAUCAAGCAUUUACGCAGCUUCUUCUCAGCCAGAUAGUAACAUAUUACGACAAAUGCUGUGGGUGGUACAAGACCAUCGUUACGAAGGUUUCUGGAAGAGGGGAUGUCCAGCUCAAAGCUGGGGCAGCUUUUGCUGAAUCGGGGCCUGUCCAUGAUCUUGUUGUCGAAUUGUGGCGAGGGACAAAUCCCAACAAACAGGAGCUCAUUGACAAGGAAACCAGUCUUUUGAUCAAGGAAACGGAUAGGGUGCCACUAGAGCCAGUUGAUAUCAUAUCCGAUGCCAAAUCAGUGGUCUCGCUAUCGCUGCUUCACAAUAGCAUGCAAUGGCUUGCUAGCAGUCUCUCGAAACUGCGGCAACCGUCGAUAGACUCUCGAUCAUCUCAGCCCGGAUCAGGGCCCACAAACCGUCGCUGGACAUUGAUCAGUGCCAUGAAGCCCAAGCGCGAUAGUAUAAAUCAGUCCAUCUACCUUCCAUUAAAUCAGGAGACGGCCACUGCAUUUGACACCACACUCCAGUCAUUACGGGACCUUGCGCUCACCGCUAUCUUUGCUUUGCAUCUAGACAUCAGAUGUGGAAUAAUUCAUAUGUUAACCCGCACUAUGGCCGGCCCUAAUCCCCCCGCAGUUCGCAACUCUGAACCUGCCACACCUUCUCCGCCUCCCAGUGGUGGUUGUUGGCAUCUCUUAACGAGCCAGCCAACCGCAGCAUCACCGGCUAUCCUUGAGUUAAACAAAGAUCUGAUUGCGUUUGAUACGAAUAUUUCAACGUAUCUGGGAUCCGCUCAGCGCCACUUCAUCACAUCCGGCCUCGCUCGGUUUGUUGACAGGGUCUUCGUCGCCAGCACCCGCUACAUCUGGGCUAUGAAUGAGAACGGCGCGUUACGACUCCAACUUGACGUCCUUGUCCUGCAGCAAAAUCUCAAGAACGUCAUCAUCGAUCCCACUCAGAUACCGCCACCAGAUCAGGCUAGAACGCCUCAAGCAGAACUAUAUCGUGAGGUUGUUACCCUUCCUCGGAGCGCCAAAUUCCUGGACUGGUUCCUCGAAGGGGCAGAAAAGGCGCUCGAUUACGCCAAAGAAGAAAAGGAGCGUAUGGCUGCGCAUGGCGAUCAGGCUCUUGCAGACGGCGACCCUUUUAGUUAUGAAGAACUCAAGGUCCUGGUUGAUUUAUGUUUCUCGGAGAAUCUCAGAGGGCCCAGGAGCGAGGAUAACCGGGAAGAUUUUAUGGCGUCGAAGAAGGCGAGUGCAGAUGCACUCUUGAGGCUGAACGAAAUCAUGUGGGAUUCCAAGUAA